ACGGAACUGAUACAGGGUCGACGAAUAAUUGGAGAUGAAGGAGAAAAAUGGUAGUAAAACAGCGGUUUUAGAAUUGUAGCGGUAACUUAGCGGUAUUACGAUUAUUUGUAGCCUCACUCGAAAGUGAGUGUUAUAUGAGGACUCGCGGAGGAAGCGCUUUAAUCGCAGUAAGGUAGCGAAUGUAGGGAGAGUUGGGGAGGGCUGUAGCUGCUGGGGUUUUUUUGGAGAGGGAAAACAACAUGGCUGCUGUGGAGCUCGAAUGGAUCCCAGAAACACUGUACAACACCGCUAUCUCGGCGGUGGUGGACAACUACAGUCGAUCGAGAAGGGACAUACGCUCGCUCCCAGAAAAUAUACAGUUCGAUGUCUAUUAUAAGCUUUACCAGCAGGGCCGGCUCUGCCAGCUGGGAGGAGAGUUCUGUGAGCUGGAGGUGUUUGCUAAAGUACUGCGUGCUUCAGACAAAAGACACCUCUUGCACCACUGCUUUCAGGCCCUUAUGGACCAUGGUGUGAAAGUGGCCUCAGUUCUGGCAAACUCCUUCAGCCGCCGCUGCUCUUACAUUGCUGAGUCUGACGCCCAUGUCAAAGAGAAGGCCAUCCAGUUCGGCUUUGUGCUGGGUGGCUUCUUGUCUGAUGCGGGCUGGUAUGGAGAUGCAGAGAAAGUGUUUCUGUCGUGCCUGCAGCUGUGCACGCUCCACAGUGAGGUCCUCCACUGCUUCCGGGCUGUGGAAUGCUGUGUCAGGCUGCUUCAUGUCCGCAAUGGCAAUUGUAAGUACCACCUGGGGGAGGAGACCUUCAAGCUUGCUCAGUCUUACAUGGACAAACUAGCCAAACAUGGCCACCAGGCCAACAAGGCAGCGCUGUACGGCGAGCUUUGUGCCUUGCUCUUCGCCAAAAGCCACUAUGAUGAGGCAUACAGGUGGUGUAUAGAGGCUAUGAAGGAAAUUACUCCAGGGCUGCCUGUCAAAGUAGUUGUUGAUGUCCUGCGGCAAGCCUCCAAGGCCUGCGUGGUGAAGAGAGAGUUCAGAAAAGCAGAGCAGCUGAUCAAACAUGCAGUGUUUCUAGCAAGAGAACAUUUUGGACACAAGCACCCCAAGUACUCUGACACGCUGCUAGACUAUGGAUUUUACUUAUUAAAUGUAGACAACAUAUGCCAAUCAGUUGCUAUUUAUCAGACAGCGCUGGAUAUCCGACAGUCUGUCUUUGGGGGGAAGAACAUCCAUGUCGCCACAGCCCAUGAAGACCUGGCCUACUCCUCAUAUGUGCACCAGUACAGCUCUGGGAAAUUUGACAACGCUCUAUUCCAUGCAGAACGUGCCAUAGACAUCAUAACUCACAUUCUGCCUGAGGACCAUCUGCUACUGGCCUCCUCCAAGAGAGUCAAAGCUCUGAUUCUGGAGGAAAUUGCCAUCGACUGCCACAAUAAGGAGACAGAAGAGCGCCUACUGCAGGAGGCUCAUGACCUUCACCUCUCCUCACUGCAGCUGGCCAAGAAGGCUUUCGGAGAGUUCAACGUCCAAACAGCCAAACACUAUGGCAACCUAGGACGCCUCUACCAGUCCAUGAGGAAGUUCAAGGAAGCAGAGGAGAUGCACAUCAAAGCUAUCCAGAUCAAGGAGCAGCUUCUGGGCCACGAGGACUACGAGGUGGCUCUGUCUGUGGGUCACCUGGCCUCCCUCUACAACUACGACAUGAACCAGUAUGAAGAUGCAGAGAGGCUCUACCUGCGCUCCAUCGCUAUCGGUAAGAAGCUGUUUGGAGAGGGUUACAGCGGGCUAGAGUAUGACUACCGAGGCCUGAUCAAACUCUACAACUCAGUGGGAAACUAUGAGAAGGUGUUUGAGUACCACAACGUACUGUCCAACUGGAAUCGAUUGAGGGACCGGCAGUUUGCUGUAGCAGAUGCCCUGGAGGAUGUCAACACUACACCCCAGCAGACCCAGGAGGUGGUACAAGCUUUCCUAUUGGCUCAGAGCCUGGGCCCCACCCGUCCUUGCCUUGGCUGAUUUUAUGAGGGAAGAGAGAAAACAAAGACAUGUGGGCUUUAGCCUGGUGAGGACACAUAAGCCCAGAUGUGGUGCUUCAGUUGCACACAGUCUAUUAGUAAUACACAUUAAAUUCAAGCAUCACCGGCAAGACAGCUGGCUUUAUAGUCACUGCAGCUGCCAGUACACACACAGACAUACACACACAUUUAGUCAUGGAAUUAAAAAAAGUAGAGAAGACACCGUUGUCAAACCUCAUCAACACAUACACAAACCACAAAGAUGCAACUCCAGACUGGAUGCAGCUUCACUCCACAGAGCAGACUGUUGCAUUUCUCCAAGAGAAAAGAGACACACAACUGAGGGUGGGGGGGGGGGCGAGGGAUUAAAAAACAACCUCAAACAUCCUGGAAGGAUGACAAAUGACCUCUCCUCUUGUCUCACUCGCCUUUUUCUUUUCAGUUUGGAAUCAGAGAACCUUUUUGCUUUUGUAUUUGAACCAGUGUAGCUUUGAACGCCAUGAGACUCAUCGCAGAUCAAAAUCAUGUUCUCCAGGGCUAUGUACAUGACAGUAUCUGGAACCCACACACAUCUGUGAAAUACGUGUUUCAACCCACUUCCAUCAUCUUGACUUGGAGGAACACGGAUGGAAAAUGUCAGAUAUUUUUGACACUUGUACAGUAAAAUAAUACUGCAGAUUGUACAGUUAAGUUUCAGUUGAAGGCUUCUUGUUUUUUUUUCUUUGUGAAGAAAUGGAAGUGGACCCGAAGACUCCUUUCUGAACUGCUCGAUGGAGAGAGAUUACAAACAGUGGAAUGUGUUGAACCAGUGGGUAUAUUGUUAUACACUUAACAGGCUUCACAGGUCUUGUUUAAAUUUAUUUGGUCUUUUUCCAGCUUAGUAAUGACCUAGAGUAAUGAAAAUGCCAAUAAUUUAUAUGCAGAAGUAUAUGUCAUGUAGCCCUUUGUUUAUGCUUUUCUUACUGAGUGAGCCAUGAAUUCUAAAGAAACUGCUCAACACUAUUACUCUUAAACAAGAACAUGGAUAGGAGUGAGGAGAGGAAGGUGCUACAUGUACAGAGGCUUAUAAGCCUCCCUUUAGUGAAUCUUAAGGUGUGGCUUCACAUGUGCAAGUGUGUGUGUGUGUGUGUGUGCCAGUAUACACAGAUAGAAAUCUGGGUGCCCAAGUGCUCCACUGAUGAUUACCAGCCUUACACCAGCUUGCAGUUAUCUGUCUGUAGACGGACCCAUAAUUCUAAGUGCUAAAUAAACUAUUAUACCCUUAAGGGCACUACAAUGGGGACCAAUAUUGUAUAUUUGUGUGUGAGUGUGUGUGCGUGUGUGUUGCCAGCUUGUGUACCUGUGCAUCUGGCCUUUCCUCUCCACUCCUUCCUGUCAGACAUCCCAUUAAAGCAAAGUUCCAGAUAGUUUCUUUUCAUACUUUCUUUGUUUUUUUUCAUGUUGUUAAUCAGCCUCCAUUCUACCGACUGUCCAAAAUCCCAUCAGUUGUUUCACUACAGAGUCUGUUGUGUUAAGGCCAUGAUGCUUUGAUACAGCUCAUGUCAGUGAAAACAAUCUCAAGCCAGAUCUUUCCCAGUAGUUUGAUGCUGCACUGAUAGCUGCUGGUCUACAUGAAGGAUCAGCUCACUAACCUCUACUGCAGUGGUUCCCAACUGUAUGUGCUGGUGACUACAGCCAAACCAAUAAUGGAUUUUUAAGGCUGAUACCAAUUUUGACAUUUUGGAGUUUUAAAAACUGUAUAUUUCCACUGAUAUCCAUUAUUUUUCUUUGAACACAUGACAAACCUUGCAAAAAAAAUAACACAGAACUGGGAGAUCUGUACUGAAGUAGACCCUGCACAGCGUAACAAUGAAGUGUUACACUGUCUAAAUGACCUCAAGCAUCUUUGGCUUUCCUCUGCUCACAUUUCUUCCAACAUAGACACAGGUAUACAUACUGUUGUGCUCAUAAAUUUGCACGGGUACCGGGUAGCUAGAAUUUGUAACCAUUCGUAUAAAACACACGAGUGAUUAGUCAAAAGGCAUUUCUUUUUAUUUUUAAUGGGAUUCAAAUUGAACUAUGAGGCAUCCCAGAAUGGAACAAUCAUUUACCAAACAUAGCAUAACAUCAAGAAAAUACUGAAAUGGUCCCUGUUAAAAGUCUGCGUACUCUUGGUUCUUUAUAUUGUGCAUUUCCCCCUUUAGCCUCAAUGGUGGCCCUUUCUCUGUCUCUUUCUGAUUUCUAGGUUAUAUAUAUGUAAUAUAUAUAUAAUUCUAUAAGUUCAGAUAGAUUUUUCCACAGGUCCUCUGACAGUUCUUUUGCUUUCCCAACAAAGUCAGUGCAGCCCUGGCUGCUCCCUCGAGAAAAAACCCAUUGACUAUAUAUACACAGACACUCAUUACAGUCAAACAAGUCACACGUGUGGAAACUUACCCUUAGUAGACAUCUAUACGAGUGUGUGUCAACUUGUGUUUAUAUUAUUAGGCCAAACAUUCAGGGGUAUAUGAACUCUUGAUCAGGGCCAUUUGGGUGAAUAGUUAUCUUUAUGGUUUAAAAAGGGCAUGUGUGGGUCAUGUGUGAUAAUACAUGGCCUCAUCUGACUACUACCCCUAAAUAACAUUUUCUGCCUGAUUAGACAUAUUUUCAAAACAAACAAACAAAAAAAAACUAUUUCAAAACUUCACUGGUCUGUAAAUUGGUGAGCACAACAGUAUAUCUGUAGCUAAUAUUGGCCAAUAUACCGGUCUGGUCCAUUGAUCAGACUGUAUCUUCUCAGACUGUCAAUUGAAGAGUUUUUUGUGGGCUGAAGAGGUAAUACCAUACAGUAUUUCAAAAUAUGAACAUCAUUUUGUGUACUAGACUUGUGUUUUUCCCACCUACCUACCUUGAUAGUUGACUCAACCCCUUGUGGGGUCCAGACCCACAGGUUGGGCACCGCUGCCGUGGUAUCUAUCCUUGGAGAUGGUUUUGGUUUAAUCAUUCCAAGUUCCAUGAACUGAAAAAAUAGUCCCUAUGAAAACCAGAGUGAGGGAUACAUUUGAAAGGAAAUUUUGCAGUUUCCUCCUUUAUGCCCCUUUACAGUAUUGGAAAUUAAAUUCCAUUCACUUUCACUUUUAAACCAAAACUGUCUGCAUGCCUAAAUACCAUUGGAAGUGAGAGAAAUCGUUUUUCUCUUAAUUUGGGUGAACUGACCCUGAUUAGUGCGGAGUGAAUAGUCGUCGCUGUGUGGUCAUGAAUUCAGACGAGCCUGACAUUUGUAGCUCUGUAGAGAAAGAAUUGAUUGAAUUUUUCACUGAUGGAAAAUGUGAAAAUCAAGCCCAGCUUUAAAAUGAAUCUAGGCAUUGAUAACAUUGCUGAGAAUCUGAUGCCUUCGAAGCGUACCCCACUGUUUUUUUCAAGUGAAUGAAGAAAACGAGCUUUGCCUUGCUGUUGCUCAGUGCUGUUGGACAUCUCCCUCUCUGGCGGCGAUGUGAGUGGCUCAAGCUGAGGAGGUCCAGCCUUAGCCCCCUUAAAAGGACGCUCAGCUACACUCUGUGCUUCGGCUUCGACGGGCGCCCCCUCCCUCUGGGACACAGAGAACGUUUUUCCAGGGCAGGUGUGGAAAUGAAUGUUAUAGUCCUACUUCCAUACAAAGAUUCAAAUGCAGAAAUACAGCACAUUACAGUCGAGUUGGGCUCAAGACAGGUGGUCACUACAUAUCUUCUUGUCCUGUAAAGUGAAUAAUUGCAAACAUUGAAUGAAAAACCUGCCCUCAGAUACUCUGACACAAAUAGAUGUCAUCCUGGGAUUUCUUUAGUUCUCUCCUUCAUCCACACUGGCUGUAUUUCAUCAAAGGUCACGUCACCUGAUCAGUUGCAUCCUGCUCUAUUAGGGCUACUGCUUUGGAGCCACUUAUAAAUGAUUUCUGCAUCUUAUGCAAUGGAUUUAUCUCUGCACCACCCUUGGAAAUUUGAGAAAAAGGCUUUUUUCCACCGAUUUUGAUGUGAAGUAUCUCGGUCCAAACUCCAGCUGAACUGUCAAAAUCUUCCUCCGAUGUCACAUUCUGGAUGUUUUUCCUUGAACAAUAACCCUGAGAAACCAGCUGACUGAUGGAAUGUAAGAGACAAGGUUUGACUUGACAGCACUGGUCAUCAUUGUGAUAUGCUGAUAUCUGAAAGUGACUACCAUAGUUUCAGGGGUGGAGGGUCAAAGGGCGUGGGCCUGCUGGUAAAUGCUGACAAAAUUAAAGAUGUUCAAUAAAGCUGUGAUCUCUCCAACAGCCCUGUUUCUCUCUAAGAGUUCAGAUGAUUGACACCAAAAGUGAUGAGGGAUGUUUCACUGUUGUCCUGUUACUGCUUCACUGUUAGCUGCAAAAACAUUAAAACUUAUAUCAUUGAUCACAAACGCUGCAUGCAUGUUUCUCUUGUGUUCAUGU